AUGGCCCCAGAGAAUGACUCUUCAGUGACCGAGUUUAUCCUGCUGGGUUUAACACAGAAGCCAGAACUCCAGCUGCCUCUCUUUUUCAUUUUCUUAGCAAUUUAUGUGGUCACUGUGGUGGGGAACGUUGGCUUGAUUAUUCUUAUUGCUCUGAACCGUCACCUGCACACUCCCAUGUACUACUUUCUCUUCAACCUUUCUUUCAUUGAUCUCUGCCACUCCUCUGUCAUUACCCCUAAAAUGCUGAUGAAUUUUUUAUCAAAGAAGAAUAUGAUCUCUUAUAUGGAAUGUAUGACUCAGCUCUACUUUUUCUGUUUUUUUGUCAUUUCUGAAUGCUAUGUGUUGACAUCAAUGGCCUAUGACCGCUAUGUGGCCAUCUGUAAGCCACUUUUGUAUAAUGUUGCCAUGUCCCCUAAAGUGUGUUCCAGCCUUAUGUUUGGUUCAUACUUGAUGGCAUUUUCUGGUGCCAUGGCUCACACUGGAUGCAUGCUGAGACUGACCUUCUGUGAUGCAAACUCCAUCAUCCACUAUUUCUGUGACAUCCUCCCUCUGCUCCAGCUCUCCUGCACAAGUACUUACAUGAAUGAACUGGUGGUUUUCAUUGUGGUGGGUAUCACUAUCAUUGUGCCCAGUCUCACAAUCUUUGUCUCUUAUGGUCUCAUCCUCUCCAACAUCAUCCAAAUAUGCUCCACAGAGGGCAGGUCCAAAGCCUUCAGCACCUGCAGUUCCCACAUGAUUGCUGUUUCUCUGUUUUUUGGUUCAGGGGCAAUCAUGUAUCUUAAACCGUCAUCUGCUGGGUCCAUGCAUGUUGUGAACAGGACUGUGGCUGUUUUCUACACUGUGCUGACACCCCUUCUGAACCCUGUGGUCUACACCCUGAGGAACAAGGAAGUGAAGAAAGCUCUGUUGAAGCUUAAAGUCAAAGUAGCAUAUUCACAAAGCAAAUAA